CGGCCGACAAACCGGGAGUUUCACUUUCAGAGUCGCUUGACAUAUCUAGUGAUGAAGCUGAUAUUGAAGUUUUGGACACAGAUAUCAAAAUGAUCACCAAUGUAAAGAAUUAUCAACUGAAGAAAAGUCGGCCCCAAUGGCUAAAACAGCUGAACUUGUUCAAGAUAUAACAGAUUGUAGAAAGACAGUUGGCACUGGAGUAUUGGCAAAAAGAAAGGGAGCUAAAUCAGUUAAAAUGGCUGCCAAGGUUGCCCUGAUGAAGAUGAAGAUGCAUGCUUUGGGAGAUUCCAGUAUACCUCAGAAAGAGCGUUUGUUUUUUCAGGUAUACCUUCCUAAAGGACACUCAGAGAAGCAAAAACCCAUGUUCUUUUCAAGGAUGUGGAGUAUUGGUAAAAUGGUGGACAGGAUUGCUGCCCUCUUGGAACUCAAAAAUGAGAACAACAUUGCAACUGCCAAGAAACUAAAACUUUUCCAUCCUGACAGCGGUGAUGUCUUCACAAUGGUUGCCAAGCUCGAGUCCCUCAUUGCUGAUGAUGCUGCUCUUCCUUUGUACAGUGGAGGUGGAAUAAUCCUUGAAUAUGUAGAGAAUGACUGUACAUGCUUGCCUGAUGUUGGGGAUUACACUGCAUCAUGACAUUAACUCCCUUGUUUGGUAAGGAUUUCAUGAUGUGUUAUA